AUGAAGUACGGGUCCCUGAUUGCGGCUGCGGCUGCGGCCUUUGCGAGCACCGCCAGCGCCGCGGGAGUCGUCGGCGCUGCCGAGGGUUUCGCCCAGGGCGUGACGGGAGGAGGCAACGCCUCGCCCGUCUACCCCACCACCACCGCUGAGCUGGUCUCCUACCUGGGUGACAGCCAGCCCCGUGUCAUCAUGCUGGACAGAACCUUCGACUUCACCGGCACCGAGGGCACUGAGACCACCAGCGGUUGCGCGCCCUGGGGUACUGCGUCCCAGUGCCAGGUGGCCAUCAACCUGCACAGCUGGUGCGACAACUACGAGGCGAGCGCCCCCAAGGUCACCGUCACUUACGAUAAGGCCGGUAUCCUCCCCAUCACCGUCAACUCCAACAAGAGUAUUGUGGGUGUGGGAUCCAAGGGUGUCAUCAAGGGCAAGGGUCUCCGUGUUGUGAACGGGGCCAAGAACGUCAUCAUCCAGAACAUUGCGGUCACCGACAUCAACCCCAAGUAUGUCUGGGGUGGUGAUGCCAUCACGGUCGACAACUCCGACCUGGUCUGGAUCGACCACGUCACGACUGCCCGCAUUGGCCGUCAGCACAUCGUCCUGGGCACUGAUGCCGAUAACCGGGUCACCAUCUCCUACUCCCUCAUCGAUGGUCGCUCCGACUACUCCGCCACCUGCAACGGCCACCACUACUGGGGUGUCUACCUCGAUGGUAACAACGACAUGGUGACCCUGAAGGGCAACUACUUCUACUACCUCAGUGGCCGCAUGCCCAAGGUCCAGACCAACACUCUCCUCCACGCGGUCAACAACCUCUUCCACAACAUCCAGGGCCAUGCCUUCGAGAUCGGCACCGGCGGCUACGUCCUGGCCGAGGGUAACGUCUUCCAGGAUGUCGACACCGUGGUCGAGGCCCCGAUGAACGGUCAGCUCUUCAGCUCCCCCGACACCAACACCAACGCGCAGUGCGCGUCCGUCUUUGGCCGCUCCUGCCAGCUCAACGCCUUUGGCAACUCGGGCGCCAUGUCCGGCUCGGACACCAGCAUCAUCAGCCGGUUCGCCGGCAAGAACAUUGCCACCGCCCACCCCCCGACCAACAUUGCCCAGUGGACCAUGAGCAACGCGGGCCAGGGCAAAUAA